UCAUCUACGUGUUUAACCCCUCCACUACCACGACCUCGCAUUUAUAUCAUUCAAUUUUAAAUUGAAACAAGAAAUAUUUCUAGAUCCCAGAUUUAAAAUUUAACAAUUAGCAGCUUGGUGCUAAAAAGUAUUUGUGUAGUUUUUACAAUCAUAUCGAUCUUAAAUGGAGAAUCCCGUUGUAAAUCCGGCGAUUCCUUUUAAAGGAAAAAUUCCUGGAGGGCUAGUUGCUGGACGAAUGUGUAGAAUUCAAGGGGUGAGCCAUCCCGAUUCUGACAGAUUUAACAUAAACUUCCAAGUGGGUCCUAAACCUAGCGAUGAUACAGCUCUCCAUAUUUCCGUUCGACACAAACAAGGAUACAUAGCUAGAAACUCAUACAUAAGUGAAGAAUGGGGAGAAGAAUCAGGAGAUGGCGAAUUAACAAUUGGACCAGGAGAAUCUUGGGAAAUGAUAAUUUUAGUGGAUCAAAAUGAAUACAAGAUAGCAGUGAACGGUCAACAUUUCUGCGAAUUCAAGCACAGGGUACCCUUCUCCACAGUGACUGAUCUGCAAAUAGAUGGAGACGUCAGUAUUACUCUCAUAUCCUGGGAAGGAAUUAUGGGUCUGGGUGCUGGCGAAGACAUUAAGAAAGUCAGCCAAACAGACACUCAUUCUCAAUGGGCUCCCCAAGAAGGCUAUGCACCUCCCCCAGGCGGAUAUGCACCUCCCCAAGGCGGAUAUGGUCCUCCUCCCCAAGGGUACGGUGGCUACGCACCAUCAGGUCCAGGAUACGGACCUCCUCAAGGAUAUGGACCACCACCCCCACCUGGGGCUCAACCUGAAUCACAACUGGACAGUUUUCUGGAUGGAGCUCAGACAUUCUUAUCGGGAGCUAUCAAAAGCGGUGCUGCAGGAGCUCUCAUUGGAAAAUUCAUGGGAGGUGGAGGAGACGCACAGAGAGGAUAUUCUCCUAACAAUGCUAAAUAUGGCAUAUAUCCUGAUCUUCCUCAAGACAUGAACCUCAAUGUCAAGCCUCAGCCACAGUCUCAAGGUCCCGUCCAACAAUUACUUGCAGGACUUCUUUCUGGCGGAUCUCAACAGGGACCUCCAGGUUCCCACCAAGCUCCGGGAGCUCAACAAGGCCAAGUUGAUUACUCCGCUUUAUUAACGAACUUAUUAAGUGGUCACCAAGAGUCAAAGGUAUCGCAAACACAAAGUGUCCCGGGUGCUCAGCAGAGUGGACCGGAUUUUGGUUCAUUUUUAUCAGGAUUACUCUCUAGUAAUAGUGCACCACCACCUGGAAGACAAGCACCGCAAGGACCUCAACCUCAAGGAGGAUCAGAUUUUGGUUCAUUACUAUCAGGUCUUCUUUCUAAUCCUAAUCAACAAGCAGGAGGUCAACAUCCUGGAGGUCAGGGACAGCCUGGUUCCCAAAACCAAGGAGUGGAUCUUAGUGGUUUACUCUCAAGUCUCCCUAAUCUUCUUUCUGGUACCGCCACUAGACCUAUUCAAGAAACUGGCAAACCCUCUCCUGGACCCCAACCUACAGCUGGAUCUCAGCAACCAGAUUUUGGUUCUAUGUUAUCCCAGUUACUAUCUGGAGGUUCACAGCAGCAUCCACAAGGCAAUCCUAGCCAAUAUGGUCCCGGACCUGCGGGAUACCAAGGUUCUGGUCCCCAACAGUCACAUGGAAUAGAUUUUGGUUCAUUAUUAUCAAAUUUAUUAUCUCCGCCUUCUGUCCAUCCUACCUACGGUGGUUCUCAACCCCCUCAAACUGGCCCCCAACCUCCUUAUGGUAAUAACCAACCUCCUCAAGGUGGAAAUCAACCCCCUUAUAGCGGUAAUCAACCUUUUCAUCCUUCCAAUACCGGAGGUAACCAGUACGCUGGCCCAACACAAGCAAAUAAUGAAGGGCCACCUCCUCAAAGUGCUGGAGGUGCUCCCUAUAGUGGACUUCAAAGGUCGACAUCAGCCACAAAGGGUGCUGGGCAUGACCAUGAGGAUGUAAGUGAUCAAUUAGAAAGAGAAAUGGCUCGUGAAGGAGUUCCUAGACAGAAUAGUGGUCAGGAAAAUAGGCAAAGUGGUAAUGAGCAAUAUGGAUACUAUCCUCAUCCACCAGAACAACAGAGAGGACCAUUAGAAAGUUUGCUUUCGGGAUUUUUAUCUGGUGGACACCAGCAGCCUGCUCAACAACAGCCACAUGUACCCCAAUACGGUGGUGAAUCCGUCGGAGGACUAGGAAGUAUGGGUGGGAUUUUGCAAAACUUUGCCGGCCAAAUAUUACAUCCACCAAGAGAUGGAAACCAGCGUCAAAAUUAUUAAAAUAUCCCUGCCUUUAAUUAGCUUACAAGAAAAUAGUAAGAUAUAUGGACAAAUUUAUAUCACUCACCAAUAGUAAACUGUUGUAUAUAAUGCGAAAGCAUUCCAUACUUCAUUUGUCCAUAAUUCAUUUCUCACAUUUUUGGGAAAAAUGCGAAUAUGAAAUUGGAACGAAUCUCAAAUAUUCUCUCUGUAAAACAAACCUAUAAAACAUGUUGAUUCUAUUUUGUAAGAUUGGCCAGUACAUCAAAUUUGUUAUAUGAAUAAUAGGUUUAUUAUUUAUCAACAUGACAAUUCAAGUAGUUAUUAACUACAGAGGCACUGUAAGUUUUUGCAAAAUCAAUGCAAGAAAUAAAUGAAAACAAUAUUACAAAAUAAAAAUGUAUUAGUUAUUAGUCAAUUACACAUUACGCAUUAGAUUUCCUGCAAAUAGUAAACUGUCUGAUGUAAUGCAGGACGAUGUGGUAUUUUUACUAUUUACUUGCCAUUAAUAAUUGUAAUGGUCCAUUACAAUCAAAGAAACUAACGAUGCUGUUAAAAAAGCUUCUUGAAUUACCUAAAUUUAUAAAUACCAGCCAUCUUAAACAAGCCAAACAAACAGUAAACUGUUUGAUGGUUUAAUGAUUCCUAAACCUAUAUCCAAGUGUCUUCACCUACUACACUGGUGUAAAAAUAUUUAAAUAUACAAUGUAUUUGUGUAGUGAUAGUAAAAAUUAUAUCCUCCUAAAAAAUGAACCCCAGUCUUUAAGCUUAUGAACCAUUUUAUAGCAUGUUGAGAGCUAGAAAUUAUUAGUAUGAGCUCAAUUCAAAAAUAUUACACUUUACUCAAAAAUCUUUUUUAAAAGCAUAAUGAAUGUUCUUAUAACAUGGUGCCUUAGUUGACGUCAACUUUAUGAAUAUAAAACAUAGUAUAAUCGUAUAAUGUUUUAAAUGAAGAGUGUUUGUCUUAACAAACCGUUUAGCGAGUUUAGCUGUGUUUUUUUGGACGUGGCGUGUUUAGCAUCUCAAAAUUUCGCUACCUUUCUAUAGGGUGGCCGGAAAGUCCCUUUACACUAAAAAUAAAUGUUUCAACACUGCACCAACGUUCGUUGGUAUUCCUGCGCAUGCGCAGCAUUAAGAUCACCUGUUUGGUCACGCAUGCAGACAACAAUAGUUGAGAUUGAAACGUAAUGGCGGAAACAAGUGAGUAUACAAUUGAGAAGCGUUUGGUCGCUGCAGUGUGGAUAGACGAACGUCGUCAUAACAAUAAACAAUGGCCGAUAUUUUGGUUUUCAAAAACCAUUAGCAUAUAGACCAACUUUGCUCUCGUGGGAGAAGAAGGCUUUUUCAUCGGGAACCGUUCUCGAUGCACCAAGAAGUGGAAAACCAAGCACUCGAAAACAUGUGCUGGCAUUCAGGAUUCCAUUGAACGUUCAUCGAUAAAGUCGACGCGGAAACGCUCUGCAGAGUUUGGUAUUACUCGGUCAACAACGCAAGAUAACACGCGAAAGGAUAAACAUGUGAAGGCCUUCUUUAUUUUCACAAGAUGGCACCUCAUCCCAUUUUGCUCUCGCUGUUCGCAAUCACCUGAAUGAAAUUUGACCGGACCGAUGGAUUGGGCGAGGUUCUUCAAUUCCUUGGCCUCCAAAAAGUCUAGAUUUGACAACGCCGAACAAUGUACUGUGAUGUUUCAAUAAAGAGGAGAUUAGAAAACACAGAUAUGUUUCGAAUGAGGACUCGCGAAACGGAGUUCGCCAAGAUUUUACGUAAGUAACUCCGGACAUGCUGAGACGGAUGAGCAUACGAACAUGGCGUCGUAUCAAGUUGUGUUGCGACAAUGGAGGUAUGCAUACCGAUGUUUUAGAUAAAUAAAUAAGUAAUAAAUAGCUUACGUACAAAAUUGUGUUAUUGUUUUUUCCCGCUGUAGUACAACAACAGCAAUUCAUUAAUGUAAAGGGACUUUCCGGCCAUCCUAUAGAUAGCUUCUCCAGGUGUAGAGGAGAUACUGAUAUUAAUAGCUGAGGGAAGAGUUCACGCACAGUAACUUAAAUAUUCCACAAAAAAGAGUAUCCAUCAAUAUCGCUACUUCUCGUCAUCUGAAAAAGAACAAUAAUAGUCAAAGACAAAAACGAAGGCAGUUAAAUAGUUGUUUCAACUGGUUCACGUUUGAUCUCAAAAUACAUUGAAUAUUUGACUUUUAACUCCUUCUCCGGCUAUCUGUCCGGAGUAUUUGAGUUAUCGUGACAAAGAUAGGACACAUUGAGCCACAAACACUCUUACCCGGAUCGUCCAAAAAUGACACGGUUCAAACCGGAAGACGAUUAGUUUAUUGACCGAAAACAUUUUUUGUCUUCCUUCUACAGCUUACUUCUAGGCUAUAAUGUAUGGUAAAUACAUAAACAUAUUGCAAUAGAAGCAUUCAUUAAAAUAAUAUACAUAUUUGACUACAAUACACUUGAUUUGCCUGGUUUUUACUGCUUUUGAUACUUAUAAAACUAUACCUACUUAUAAAAUUUGAUACUUAUAAAAUUUUUUGACAAUAUAUAAAAGGUAUAUUUAAAUUAAAAAAUCCCUUUCGGGCUACAUCACAAAACGUUUUCGAACCAAAGAGUUCAUUAUCAGUGCUGCUGACAGGUUUUACCUGCUUGAGCCACCAAAAUAUGUGGGUGAAAACCCUUUAAAUGCAUUACAUACUUAUAUAACAUUAUGUGUGAUGUUUAAAAUAUUCUUAGAUUCUCUAGCUUCUCUCUGAUCUUCAAAGGUCCAUUCAGCAUAGUUUUUAUCUAUGUCGUGCACAUAUAUCUACAGAAUCCCACAUUUUCUAUGUUUUAUAUAUAAUAUAUAUAUAUAUAUAUAUAUAUAUAUAUAUAUAUAUAUAUAUAUAUAUAUAUAUAUAUAUAUAUAUAUAUAUUAUAUAUUAUAGCUGCUCUUUCAUGAGUACAUGUGUAUCUAUAUAGGGUGAGGCAGAUAACUGGCCUAUUAGAAAUAUCUCGAGAACUACAGGCAACAGAAUCAUGAAAAUUGGAAUAAAGGGGUUUUGAAGGAUGAUCUAUUAAAUUAAAAUAUUUCAUCUUAUAUAUAUAUAUCUAAUAUAUUAUAACUUCGUUUUUUAAUGGGACACCCUGUAUAUUUUUACAUUUUUGGAUUCUCCUUAAUAUCUUCUUUCUUAAAAUAUGAGGUUUUGUAAUAUUAUACAGGGUAUUUUAAGAGAUAUUUACGUUUUUUUUAUUAAUUUCGUAGCAACAUUCACACCCUGUAGAAUUGUAAUAGUUUGACAUUAAAAACUCUGCUUACGUUUAAGUGAUUUUUAAUAUAAUCUAUUAUUGUUAAAUAUCAUUAGUAUAGCUAAUUUUGGAAUUUUAGUAUACAGGGUUGGUCGAAACUCGGAAUAAAUAUUUUCUGAGUUUUCUGAAAUGGAACACCCUAUAUUUUAGUAUUGUAAUGAAAUAAUAUUUCAUGGUACUUUUUUAUUUUAUAAGUAUUUCCUAUACCUAACUGCUUUAAUUUGUGAGUUAUUGGUGAUUCAAGCUAAACAUUAAUUGCAACAAAAAAUACGUAAAAUUUUAUUAGGUUGGCCGUGAAAAUAUUCAAUCACAAAUAAUUUUUCAGAAAUAAAUACAUAUUAAUCCAGACGGAUCCUUAAAAUUACCAGUAAUGGUUUAGCUAUCAAAAUACCUACGUAGUUAAAAUUGUUGGUGCGAUUAACAAUUAAGCACAAAUUAAAGCAGUUAGGUAUAGGGAAUGCUUAAGAAAUAAAAAAGUACCAUAAAAUAUCAUUUCAUUAUAAGACUAAAAUACAGGGUGUUCCAUUUAAGAAAACUCAGAAAAUACUCAUUCCGAGUUUCGACCAACCCUGUGUACUAAAAUUAAAAAUUUUGCUAUACUAAUGAUUCUUAACAAUAGUAGACUAUAUUAAAAAUCAUUUGAACGUAAGUAGAGUUUUAGAUGUCAAACUACUACAAUUCUACAGGGUGUGAAUGUUGCUACGAAAUUAAUAAAAAAACGUAAUUAUCUUUUAAAAUACCCUGUACCAUAUCUUCCGGUAUAACCGGAAGUAGCAAAUAGAUGAAAAUAUUUUCAUUAAACAGAUGACUCUUUAAAACCCCUUCAUUCAAAUUUUCAUGAUUCUGUUGCUUUAGUUCUCGAGAUAUUUCUAAUAGGCCCUUUAUUUGCCUCACCCUGUAUAAUGUAGUCAAAUAUAUACUACCUACAGAGUUGUUAAAAGAUAUGUUUAGGUAUUUAAUCUGCUCUCUAAAUACUAGCUAGUAAGCCAGUCUCCUUGUUAUUGUUAAUUUUAUACUUAAACUUAAAUAUUGUGCAGUUUCUUCUAGGUGUGUUGCGUAUCAUAAAAAGUUCGUAAAUAUAUACCUACAAAUCAUAUUGUCAAGUUAUCUUGGUGAUGUGUAAUAUUGUUGUAUCAUAUAUAUAUCGUACUCCGACUUCAUUAGUGCUGUAACCCUGAAAUCUGCUGAAAUCGCAAACUUUUCAGGAGAGCAAAAACAAGAUGUUAUGUGAACUUUUCAUUAACCAAAUUUUGCACUCAUGUUGAGUAUGUGUGUAGCUAUCUAAUGCUAGUAUUUAUUUUUAAUUAUUGGCAUUGCUUUACCCUGAAAUUCACCCUUAACAUAUGAUAAGGCGUUGUUGCUAAGGCGCCCAUAUUCAAAAUCCGAGACUUAUGUCCUCUAGUGCCAUAAUCUGUGAGAAAAGUUUUACUUCAGUAAUUUUUCUUAGCUAACAUAUAUAUUAUCACAUGUUAGGGCUAUAUUGAAAAAUGAACGGUACUCAUCACACAUCCACUCUCGACCAAAGCGUAACGCAAACUGACUUGUGGCGAUCUUGCUAAUACUGAGAGAGCCAAAACCGGAAAUGGUAAUAACGUCACAGGUGCACUAUGCAGAUUCUAAGAUAACUAAAUUAUAAGACAUUAUUCCACAAUAAAGGCAAUGCCUAAAGUAACGUGUUAGGCCAAAAAGAUAGGGUUAUGGCACUACUGAAGUUGGGGUGCGUUACAUCGUUGAUAUUCUAUUGAGAUUUAUUAUUAUUUAGAUGAAGAUUGCUGGUUGUCAGUAUACUGCACACAUGUUCUUAUAUCUUAAGGAAUAACGUUGUAGAUUAAAACUUUAAAAGGGUAAACCCUGUAGUUGGCUGUAUACCUUUUUUAAGACAACGUAGAAUGAAGUAAACACUUCUGUUGUAUGUAGGUAUAUAAUUUAUUAAAAAAUUCUUAAAAUUUAUCCACAAGGGAGUGGAAGUACAACAAAACGUUUUCGGUCAAACUUUAUCCACAAGGGAGUGGAAGUACAACAAAAGUUUGACCGAAAACGUUUUGUUGUACUUCCACUCCCUUGUGGAUAAAUUUUAAGAAUUUUUUAAUAAAUUAUAUACCUACAUACAACAGAAGUGUUUACUUCAUUCUACGUUGUAGAUUACUUUUAACAGCAAUGCCUCGGUGACAUAUUAUAUUCCUUCCGAAAUAUUUAUAAGAAAUGAGAUUACCUACUGAGUGGUUGAUACUAACAUAUUUAUAAUUUUGAUAUUUAUUAUAUACAUUGAAGCUAUUUUUUAAAUACAUUUUUUGUUUAUUUUUAUAUCACUUGCAGCUUUAUAGGCGUAUUUAGGUGUGCUGUUGAAACUAUAUAAAGUUUAUCAAAAAUUUUAAAAUUGUAAAAGCCUAGCUUAUAAAGUUGAAAAUAAAGAUUGUUUAACACA